UAAGAAAUCUGAAUCUAUCCUUCAUCACCGUCAUCCUAAUCCAAUUUCUGAUCACACUUCCUCCCGUUCCUUUUUCAGACGAAGGGAUGUCUGCUGUCUAAUUAGUAGCAACCUUGAUUUCUCAGUUUCUGAAUUGAUCAGGGUCGAGGCCUUCAAUUUCCUUUGCGGUUUCAGUUAUCUUCAAUCCAAAGCUGGUUUGAUAGUGAGGGUGGAGAGGUUUUUGAUUUGUUGGUUUAUGAAUUAGGGUUUCGAAGAGCAUAGAAUAAUGCCUUCGGUACCCAUUGAACUAAUGCUGCGUCCUUUCUUUCCUUCUUUGACCAAUUUCCAUGGUGGAUCCUCCUCUCAUCGUCUGAAACGUCUCGAAAAAGGUGAUCGGCGUGGUAAUCUUAGUUAACAAUAGGUUUUUUUUGUCUUUCAUUUCCAUUUUGUUUGUUUUGGCAUCCUAUUUGUGGACACCGGUUUUGGUUUCUUCUCGUUUGACGUUUGCACGUACGAGCUGCAAGGGAAUCCAUAUAGAGAUUGGGGAUCGAGGAUCGAUCUAUUCGGUUUCUUGGUUUCGUGUCACUUUCAAUAUCUGUGAAAGCUAAGCUUGCGGCGACUUUUUAUUCUGAGCGUUGUUGAUCUGAAAGCCGGCGCUCAAGCACUUGAUGCAAUCGAUGGACCUGCACUCUCCAGCUAAUGCUGCAGAUAACAAUUUUAUAAGUACCCUUGAAAGUAGUUUUAGUGAGUCAUUGCAUAUUCAAGAUGAUCAGAAGUCAGAAAAUCAUCUGGAGGGGGAUUGUAACUGUGAUGUGGUGGAGUGUCUGUCUGGAGGUUUUGAACAAGAAGAUGCGGAACUAAAUAAGAAGUACUUGAACAGAUGUGCUACAUUUCCUGAUCCAAUGAUGUUACCUCCAAGCUCUUCAGAUGCUGAAGAUGAGAAGGCUAAUAUGUCAUCGACAGAGUCCCUCUGUAAGCAGCCUGCACGCCAAACCUACUCACGAUCAAUAUCUCUGCCUACUCCUUUGAAGCUUGUAUCUGCAAUGAAAGGUAGCCGUGAGAAGCAGGGGGGAUCGCAGAUGAAAUUGACCGUGAAAUGGGCCCCUGAUGUGUAUGAUCCUGUGCCUACAUCAUUAUCCCAUACCGUUCAAAACAGGAAACAGCAGAAAUCCAGGAACAAGAAGAAUGAUAAGAAAAAUGGAAAGAAAGGUCAGAAGGGAAAUUCUUCUCGAGGGGGCAAGGAUAAAAAGCAGUUUCGCAAGACUUCUGGGACUUCUGAUUUGUGCUACAAGCUGCCGGAUUCUCGUGAUAAAGUGAUAGAAACGUCAACUGGCUUUGAUGCUCUUGAUGUUUGUUCGCAAGAUUCCUAUUGUGGAACUAACUUCUUAAAAAAUUCACUUACCAAAGUACAUUUUUCAGUUGCAGAAGCCCAGUAAGCCACGUCUCGACUGUUCUUAUUUCCCCGUUGUGCGUAAAUAAACAUUUUCUUUCGCCCAGCAAGUCUGGAACUUGGAAAACUUCGGAUUGUAUGUGUUAGUUCGGUUCUGUUUUCGUGUAUGAAUUUGUGCCAUUCAGAAAGUGGCCUGCUUUGGUUUUUCGUGUCA